AUGAAAGUCAAAAUACAGAUUUUAGUGAGAGAUCAAGUUCUCAAGUGUCUUUGGCAGAAACAUCUAAGUCCACAAAAGUUUUUAAGUCACCUGCAACACCAAACAAAAUUGCAAGUGAAAAAAAGAAAAAUUAUAAGAAAAAAAGAGGAACAAUUUCUUGAAACAUGUUCACAAGCCAUAAGCAAAAUAUCUAAUACAAAACGAGAAAUCGAUGAAUUCGAUGCCAUUGGAAUUGGCUGGGCAGCAAAAGUACGAAAACUAACAGAUGUUCAAAAAAUCUUAGAUGAAGAUCUAAUUAAUCAGACUUUGAAAAAAGCCUAUUUUCAGGAGCUAACAAAAACAACAGUCAUUCAAGAUCUGCAUAGCAGUGUUCCUUCUUCCAUUACACCAAACUUCGAGUUUUCGCAGACUACGACACAAAGUAAUUCAAACGAUACUAUUAUAUUUACGUUAUGA